AUGGCUGACCAGGCGAGCAACCACGACGAAGGCUUUAGUGUUCCUCCCGCGCCUACCAUCGCCCCAGAGUUUGCGCAUGAGUGGCUUGAUCUAGAGCACAGAGAGUCCGUCUCAGCCGUCCAUACGGUUCUCCUAGCUCGCCAACACUACAUCGCUGCGCAAAACCAUCACAUCAUGUUGCAGCUCGAGAACUUGCACCUCGCCAAUUCUCGAACCCAGAGCCGCCGUAGCAGCAUGUCAUCCGCUGCGGCAAGCACUGAAGGCGGCGACGAUGCCAGAAUCGCUCCUAUCCCCGGAGCCCGAGUCCAAGAGGCGUUCGAUGAGCUCAGAACCGGAGAGCUUCAGGGAUCCUCAAGGCCCUCCACGAUCCAUUUGUCACGGUCCACAACAAGAAGUUACGCUCGAACCUUCAUUGAACACGUCACCCAGGCGAUCAAGGAGAAACAGGCCAACCCUGAGGGCCAAGAGGCGUGA